GCUUCGGCUCCCGCCCGCACAGAGCGCUCGUCCAGCGAAUCCCCCUCCCACUCCCGGGCGGGCGGCGGCGGCGGCGGGAGGAGGAGAAGGAGGAGGGAGCGUCUCUGCCGCCGCCUCCUGGUCCCCAGCGCCGAUCCGCCGCCGCCACCUCCCUCCGUGGCGAUCCUCCCUCCAUGGUCCUGCCGCGGCCCCCCCUGUAGCCCAAGCUGCCCCGCGCCGCUCCGGAGCCGGCCUCGGGCAGAGGGAGCGGUCGCGGCCUCGCGGCCCGCGCGGGCUGACGAGCUGAGAGCGCGGCGCCGCGCGGUCCCCGAGGGUCCGCACGCCGGGCAGCGCGGCCCGAGCUGCGCGAGGAGCAGCGGGCGGGCGGGCGGCGCAGGGCCCGGGCCGCCCUCUCUCCCACGCCCCGGCCCCGCCGCCCGCGCCGGGGCGGUCGCCCGCAGAGGAAGGCGCUGCAGUCUCCGGGCCUCGCGGCCCCACUCAAACGUCCUCAGCACCGAGGGCUCGCGGGUCCUGAAGGGAGGAGGCGAGCCCGGGGCCGGGCACUGAGCUCUUGGGCGCCCCCAUCCCCGUUUUCGGAGCCCUCCACGCUGCGGCCGCUGUCCUCUCCGGACCAUGGCCGACGACGACGUGCUGUUCGAGGAUGUGUACGAGCUGUGCGAGGUGAUCGGCAAGGGUCCCUUCAGUGUUGUACGACGAUGUAUCAACAGAGAAACUGGGCAACAAUUUGCUGUAAAAAUUGUUGAUGUAGCCAAGUUCACAUCAAGUCCAGGGUUAAGUACAGAAGGUAAGAGAUGGAUUUCAAAUCUAAAGCGGGAAGCCAGUAUCUGUCAUAUGCUGAAACAUCCACACAUUGUAGAGUUAUUGGAGACAUAUAGCUCAGAUGGAAUGCUUUACAUGGUUUUUGAAUUUAUGGAUGGAGCGGAUCUGUGCUUUGAAAUCGUAAAGCGAGCUGAUGCUGGUUUUGUAUACAGUGAAGCUGUAGCCAGCCAUUACAUGAGACAGAUACUGGAAGCUCUACGCUAUUGUCAUGAUAAUAACAUAAUUCACAGAGAUGUGAAGCCCCAUUGUGUUCUCCUUGCCUCAAAAGAAAACUCAGCACCUGUUAAACUUGGGGGCUUUGGGGUAGCUAUUCAAUUAGGAGAGUCUGGACUUGUAGCUGGAGGACGCGUCGGGACGCCUCACUUUAUGGCCCCAGAAGUGGUCAAAAGAGAGCCUUAUGGAAAGCCGGUGGACGUGUGGGGGUGCGGCGUGAUCCUUUUCAUCCUGCUCAGUGGUUGUUUGCCUUUUUACGGAACCAAGGAAAGAUUGUUUGAAGGCAUCAUUAAAGGAAAAUAUAAGAUGAAUCCUAGGCAGUGGAGCCAUAUCUCUGAAAGUGCCAAAGAUCUAGUACGCCGCAUGCUGAUGCUGGAUCCAGCUGAAAGAAUCACCGUUUAUGAAGCACUGAAUCACCCAUGGCUUAAGGAGAGGGAUCGUUAUGCCUACAAGAUUCAUCUUCCAGAAACAGUAGAACAACUGAGGAAAUUCAAUGCAAGGAGGAAACUAAAGGGAGCAGUACUAGCCGCUGUGUCAAGUCACAAAUUCAACUCAUUCUAUGGGGAUCCCCCUGAAGAGUUGCCAGAUUUCUCUGAAGAUCCUACCUCCUCAGGACUUCUAGCAGCAGAAAGAGCAGUCUCACAGGUGCUGGACAGUCUGGAAGAGAUUCAUGCACUUACAGACUGCAGUGAAAAGGACCUAGAUUUCCUACACAGUGUUUUCCAGGAUCAGCAUCUUCACACACUGCUAGAUCUCUACGACAAAAUUAACACAAAAUCUUCACCGCAAAUCAGGAAUCCUCCAAGCGACGCAGUACAGAGAGCCAAAGAGGUAUUGGAAGAAAUUUCAUGUUACCCUGAAAAUAAUGAUGCAAAGGAACUAAAGCGUAUCUUAACACAACCUCAUUUCAUGGCCUUACUUCAGACUCACGACGUAGUGGCUCAUGAAGUUUACAGUGAUGAAGCAUUGAGGGUCACGCCUCCUCCCACCUCUCCCUAUUUAAAUGGUGAUUCUCCAGAAAGUGCUAAUGGAGACAUGGAUAUGGAGAAUGUGACAAGAGUUCGGCUGGUACAGUUCCAAAAGAACACGGAUGAACCAAUGGGAAUCACUUUAAAAAUGAAUGAGCUAAAUCAUUGUAUUGUUGCAAGAAUUAUGCACGGGGGCAUGAUUCACAGGCAAGGUACACUUCAUGUUGGUGAUGAAAUUCGGGAAAUCAAUGGCAUCAGUGUGGCUAACCAAACAGUGGAACAGCUACAAAAAAUGCUUAGGGAAAUGCGGGGGAGUAUUACCUUCAAGAUUGUGCCAAGCUACCGCACUCAGUCUUCGUCCUGUGAGAGAGAUUCCCCCUCCACUUCCAGACAGUCCCCUGCUAAUGGUCAUAGCAGCACUAACAAUUCUGUUUCGGACUUGCCAUCAACUACCCAACCAAAAGGACGACAGAUCUAUGUAAGAGCACAAUUUGAAUAUGAUCCAGCCAAGGAUGACCUCAUCCCCUGCAAGGAAGCUGGCAUUCGAUUCCGAGUUGGUGACAUCAUCCAAAUUAUUAGUAAGGAUGAUCACAAUUGGUGGCAGGGUAAACUGGAAAACUCCAAAAAUGGAACCGCAGGCCUCAUCCCUUCUCCUGAACUUCAGGAAUGGCGAGUAGCUUGCAUUGCAAUGGAGAAGACCAAACAGGAGCAGCAGGCCAGCUGUACUUGGUUUGGCAAGAAAAAGAAGCAGUACAAAGAUAAAUAUUUGGCAAAGCACAACGCAGUGUUUGAUCAAUUAGAUCUUGUCACAUAUGAAGAAGUAGUAAAACUGCCAGCAUUCAAAAGGAAAACACUAGUCUUAUUAGGUGCACAUGGUGUUGGGAGAAGACACAUAAAAAACACCCUCAUCACAAAGCACCCAGACCGGUUUGCAUACCCUAUUCCACAUACAACCAGACCUCCAAAGAAAGAUGAAGAAAAUGGAAAGAAUUAUUACUUUGUAUCUCAUGACCAAAUGAUGCAAGACAUCUCAAACAACGAAUACCUGGAGUAUGGUAGCCACGAGGACGCGAUGUAUGGGACAAAACUGGAGACCAUUCGGAAGAUCCACGAGCAGGGACUGAUUGCAAUUCUGGAUGUGGAGCCUCAGGCACUGAAGGUCCUGAGAACUGCGGAGUUUGCUCCUUUUGUUGUCUUUAUCGCCGCUCCAACUAUCACUCCAGGUUUAAAUGAGGAUGAAUCUCUCCAGCGCCUGCAGAAGGAGUCUGACAUCUUACAGAGAACAUACGCGCACUACUUCGAUCUCACAAUUAUCAACAAUGAAAUUGAUGAGACAAUCAGACAUCUGGAGGAAGCCGUUGAGCUCGUGUGCACAGCCCCACAGUGGGUCCCGGUCUCCUGGGUCUAUUAGGCCUGUCCCCAGAUAUCUGAGCAUAACUGGGAGCCACCUCAUACAUGGAAAAGCCUCUUUGUUAUGGGCCUUGUGUCAGCAGGUCGUGGUCCCUAGAGACUACCUAGUUGUAGUGUGACCUACAUUUAUAAUUAUUGUCAUGUCCGAAUAGAUAGAAGGAGAAAAACAAUUACACACUAAUUUAAAGAGACAGUAUCUUUUUUAAUCAGUUCUCCUAAACUUUAAUAAAAUGUAUCUUUAAAUGUAUGUAUUAUUCAAUCCUUUGGAAUGUUAUAUUUUUGGAAAUCAUAGCUUUUUAUUUCCAAGGCCCCUAAAAACUGCACAAAAUAGAUGCUGCUUUCUAUAAUCUAUUUUAAUAAUAAUAAACAAUGAUUCUGUUACCUUGACUGGGGGUGGAACACUACAUUCUUUUUAGAGUCUGAUUUUAUGGAUUGGAAUAUCUUUCUUUCCUUUAUUUAUUUGAAAUAAUUAGUCUAGUGAUUACAAAACAGUCAUAAAUUUUUAAAGGCCUUUUUUCUCUCUCUUUUUUUUUAGAAUAGUAUUUUUUUUAAGUCCUUUAUGUAACAUCCAGAUAAUGUGAUACUGUCUCUUUGAAGCACCCUGUAAACCUUUUAGAGAUUUGAAGUUGGGUCUUGACUCUUAAUGCAUGUGGACAGUCGCGAGCGUUUAUGCUGUCGGUGUGUCUGUGUUGGACAAAUCAAUCUGUAAUCUACAGCAAAGUACAUUCCGUUCACGGGGCACACCCAGGAGAAUAAGAAUAAAAUGCUGUUAUGACUAAGUUGUAAACCUAUGCACAUCCCUUGCAUUUCGGGCAACUUUAUAAAAAAAAAAAAGAAAAAGAAACUGAUUUUUAUUAAUAAUAAUCAUGUAGUGAAAUGUGUUUGUAAUUUU